AUGUGCGUCGAAUCAUACACCUGCAGAAUCCUCUGGGCAUCCGGUACCUCCAAAGAACAACCAGGGGCCCCAUUGGGGGCCCCCAAGGGGGCCCCCCUAAAAGCCUCUAUUCAAAGCCCUCUAGGGGCCCCUAUAGAUGGCUCCCUAGAAGCCCCUAUGGGGGCCCCUAAGGGGGCCUCCAUAGGGGCCCCUACAGAAGGCUCAAUGGGGGCCCUUAUGGGAGCCCCUACAGAAGGCUCUUCAAUAGGGGCCCCUAUGGGGGCCCCUAUUGAAAGCUCCCUAGGGGCCCCUAUUGAAAGCUCCCUAGGGUCCCCUAUAGGGGCCCCUAGGAGGGCCCGUAGGGGGCCCCCUAUGGGAGCCCCUACAGAAGGCUCUCUGGAAGCCCCUAGGGGGGCCCGUAGGGGGCCCCCUAUGGGGGCCCCUACAGAAGACUCUAUGGGGGCCCCUAGGGGGCCCCCUAGGGGGGCCCCUACUGAAAGCUUUGUAAGGGCCCCUAGAAGAGGCCUCAGGGGCCCCUCUAUGGGGGCCCCUAGGGAUGUUUAUGAAGGGGUUCAAAGAAUGAAUGAGAGAAAGAUAAAGCGAAUGUUUGAUGAUAAUAAGGAUAGCGAAGACGACGAAAAAAUGUUUGAGGGGUUUGGGGGUUAUGAGGGCUUUGAAGAAGAAGCAGAAAUAAAAGAAGAGAUGCACUCAAGUGCAGCAAAACAGCACUUGCAGCAGCAGCAGCAGCAGCAGCAGCAGCAGCAGAAGCAACAGGAAGGAGAAGCGGCAGCAAGUCUUUCACCGCUGAGUCGUAUGAAGCAAACUUUAAAUGAAGUAAUUGAAAGAUUAAAAGAAAGAGAUAAAGAAUUGCCUGCUGCUGCAUAUACACCCCAAGUAACACCAACACAAGAAGCAGCAGCAGCAGCAGCAGCAGCAGCAACUGCGGCAGCAACUGCAGCAGCAGCAGCAGAAGGCAUAUCUAGACCCAUUGCAAAUCCCCAGCAGCUCUGGGGGCAUUUCUAUCCCUACCCCUCACAGCAGCAGCAGCAGCAGCAGCAGCAGCAGCAGCAGGUCAUGGGGGUAACUGUGCCUUGGAUUGCUGUCAGCCCAGUUUGGAUGCAGCAGCAGCAGCAGCAGCAGCAGCAGCAACUGCUGCUCGAGCAACUCCAACAGCAGCAGCUGCAGCAGCAACUGCAGCAGCAGCACAUGCAGCUGCUGCAGCACUGGCAGCAACAACUGCAACCGCAGCAGCAGCAGCAUGAGGGAGGGAUUGCACAAUGGGAAGCAGCAGCUGAAGCAGCUGCAGUACCAGCAGCAGCAGCAGCAGCAGCAGCAGGUCAAGCUGAAGGGCCUGUUGUGUUUCAGCUUGGAGCUGCUGCACCUGCUGCUGCUGCUGCUGCUGCAGCUGACGCUUCAAGCCUUUAUUAUGUCUGUACACCGCAGCAAAUGCAAGAAAAACAAAUAAAACAAGAAGAGAGCAGCAAACGCGCGGGUGCUGCUGCUGCUAGCUGUCGCCUCUUCUCUAUACUCACUUCACUGCACUCGAGCAAACAGCGGCAGCAGCAGCAGCAGCAGCAGCAACAGCAGCAACAGCUGCGGCAGCUGCAGCAGCAGCUUCGGCAGCAGCAACAGCAACAGCAGCAGCAACGUCAGCAGCAGCAGCAGCUUGCGCGUGAUUUUGCUGCUGCUGCUUCGGAGUAUGAAAGCAGCAACAGCGGCAGCAACAGCAGCAGCAGCAGCAGCAGCAGCUUAUCUCUACCCUUAUCUCCUUAUUGUUUAAUGAAGAAAAGUCUCAGUACUUGCUGA